AUGACCAAGCUUUCCCAAGAUAACCAAGAAUGCCUCCAGAAACAUUUCCGCAGGCCAUCCAUGUGGAAGCAAUUUCUGCCCCUGCAGAGGGCUGAGGCAUAUAAUGCAAAAAUUUACCAAACCACAGAAAAAGAAGGGGCCACCGAGGCUGCUUAUGAUAUCAAGACUUUCCCCCCUGCACAGAUCCCAGAUUCACCCGCGGCCCCGAAGCUGCUCAGCCUCCUUUCUAGCACGCUCUCCAACCUCGCGCGGCUCUUCUCUCACCUGCUCCGGAGACCCCCUCCUGAGGCUCUCCAGCGGCGCCCGGACUUCUCUCUCCUGCUUCCCUCCCUGCCAGUGGCUGGACUCGCUCCAGGGCGCGAGGAGCGGCGGGGCCGCCUCUCGCUCCUGCUCGGGGCAGCUCUGACACUGCCUGGCCGACCCUCAGGGGGACGGUCGCCCCGGGAAGAGGAUGCCAGCGCUGGGCAGCCCUCGUCCAUGCCCCUGAUGGGCUCAGAACGGAGGGAGAUGCAGAAGCGACAGAUGUCUGCAGCCCAGGAGACAUCAGACUCCCUCCCGGGCCAGCACGGAGUGGGGAACCGAGGAUCCAAUGCUUGCUGCUUCUGCUGGUGCUGCUGUUGUAGCUGUUCAUGUCUCACUGUUAGAAAUCAAGAACAGGGGCCCGCGAGGGCUUCCCAUGAACUCAGAAGAGACGACCUUCCAACCUGGGAAGAAAGCCCAACUCCUACUCUGGAAGAGGUCAGUGCCUGGGCGCAGUCCUUCGACAAGUUGAUGCUCACCCCAGCAGGAAGGAACGCUUUCCGCGAAUUCCUCCGGACAGAAUUCAGUGAAGACAAUAUGCUUUUCUGGAUGGCGUGUGAGGAACUGAAAAAAGAAGCUAAUAAAAGCAUUAUUGAGGAAAAGGCAAGGACAAUAUAUGAAGACUACAUUUCUAUUCUUUCUCCUAAAGAGUGAGAGGAAGGGAGGAGAAAGAGAAACAUCAAUGUGAGAGCAUAACAUUCAUCGACUGCCUCCUGUAUAACCCUUACUGGGAAUCAAGCCCACAACCCCGGCAUGUGCCUGACCAGGAAUCAGACCACAAAUCGAACCGGCAACUCUCCAUGUAUGGGAUGAUGUCCAACUGAGUCACACGGGCCAGGGCAUAGGAUGCUCUUCUCUUGGUGAUCUCCCACACUUGGCUCUUCAGCCUGACCAUUUCUGAAUUACUCUGUUCAAACCCCAAACCUAACCCCCUCGCCCUUAUUUUCUUGGUAAACCAUCUUACCUCCUACUCUAUUAUGACAAUUGUGUCCCUAACCCCCUUCAACUUCCUGUGUAACCUAUAAAUAUGUAUAGAUCAGCAUCUAUUCCUGCCUCCUUCAGUCCUGUUCCAGAGAAUAAUGUGUUUUCUCCUUUUCAAGGCAUCAACCCCUUACCUAGGAGUCUCACUUUUUUCAUUAGACAAAGAGGACAUAAUUGUGAU